UAUAUACUCAUAAUCAUGAAUAGUAUGUUUAAUUUUAUAUUGUAAUACCAGUGCGAAGAUAUAUAGAGCAAUGUGCAUAAAAAAUGUUAUCGGAGUAAUUACGGAAGAAAACGCGUAAUGUACAUAUACUCUUAACGCUUAACCCAACAACUGAUUUAAGUGGUAAGAGUUUUGUAUUUGUUAACUGUUAGUUUGUGUCUGUCUAUGUAGAGUAUCAUGUGGAGUACGGCGGAAUAAGUGGUUUUACUUUCGUUUUUGUAGGGCCUAAACUUGGACAUAGCAUAAGUUACGAAUUUAUGUUAUUUUACGGAACUAAGAUGUUAAACUCAUUACUCCGGAAUUAAUUUGCAAAAACUGGAUUAUAUCCGCAAUUGUGUUGGACAUAUCCGGAUGAUAACAACUUGGGAAACACUGAAAGUUCAGAUUUCAAUCAUUCAGUCUGGAAUCUCGCUAAUUAGUCAAUUACACUUCGGAUCAAGAAUCAGGACUAUCUAGCACUUCCGGCCCGCUUGUAAACCAUGAGUGUGGUCGGCACCCUGAUCUACCAGUACCUGCCCCUUGUGGUGGCGUUCUUCAUCCUCCAAAAGAUUGUCGCGGUGUUCAAGAGACGCUGGGAGCUGCAGUGGACCUUCAAAAAGUUUCCGGGACCCCGGCCCCACUUCUUGUGGGGAAACAUGAAGGAGCUGACGGGCGACUACGCGGGUCUAGUCCGGAUGGCGGACCUCGCCCAUCUGUAUAGUGGUGCCUAUCCCGCCUGGACUGGGCCCGCAGACGCGCAGCUGGUCGCUGUGAAAUCGGAAACAGCGCGCGUGGUGCUAGCUGGAGCAGAUCCAAAAGACGAAUUUUCAUACGCUCUUAUGCGGCCCUGGAUUGGUGACGGCCUACUUCUGAGCUCAGGCAAGAAAUGGGACCGUACGCGCCGUCUGCUCACUCCCGCCUUCCACGUGGACAUCCUGAAGAACUACGUCUCCACGUUUGGCACGUGCUCCCGCGUGCUGGUGGAAAAAUGGAGAAAGUCGACAAAAGCGGAGGAAAUCUUUCACCAUAUCUCCCUCCUAACACUGGAUAGUAUGAUGCAGUGUCUGUUUGGUUUCCAUAGCAAUUGCCAGAACGAAAAGACACGCCACCCGUAUAUCCAAGGAGUAUAUGAAGUCUCGGACCUGAUCGUGAAGCGGAUUUUUAACCCCCUCCAUCACUUCAACUUCAUCUACUUCUACCUCUCCAGUAACGGCCGGAAGUUCCAGUCUGCGUGUGACGCCAUUCACCAGCACUCGGAACGCAUCAUCCGAGAGCGCCGACAGCUCAUGAGCACGGAAAAACCGGGAGAUAGGAAUAUUGACUUUCUUGACAUACUACUGACUGCCAAGGAUUCCGACGGUGUCGGCUUGACGGACAAGGAGAUCCGAGACGAGGUAGACACGUUCAUGUUCGAGGGCCACGACUCGACAGCCAGCACCAUUUCCUGGUGCCUUUACAACCUUGCCAAGUAUCCGGAUGUGCAGAAAAAAUGUCGGGCGGAAAUACUCGAGCAUAUAGGGAAGGGUAAAGAGAUCACAUGGUCAGACCUCAACAAGAUUCGCUACACCACGAUGGCGAUCAACGAGAGUAUGCGCCUAUAUCCGGCGGUCCCGCUGCUCUCCCGCUGCCUCGCUAGAGACGCCACACUUCCGGAUGGCAGAACGGUGCCGAAAGGCGUACGGGUAGCCAUAUCCCUGUUUGCGGUACAUCGGGAUCCGGAAGUAUGGGAUAAUCCUCACGAGUUUGACCCUGAAAGAUUUACCCCUGAAAAGAAUGUGUCGUCAAUAUAUCACUUACCUUUUUCCAUCGGCCCUAGGAACUGUAUCGGCAUGCAGUUUGCCUUGACACAGGUCAAGGUCGUUAUCUGCGAGGUGCUCAGGAACUUUCACCUUGACCUUGAGCCCGGCAAGGAGGCCCAACCAGAAAGCAUGCUCAUCCUCAGGAGCAAGAACGGAGUGUACCUGAAUAUCAAACCUCUAUAGCACAAACACGAGCAAGAACGGAGUGUACCUGAAUACCAAACCUCUAUAGCACAAACACAAGCAAGAACGGAGUGUACCUGAAUAUCAAACCUCUAUAGCACAAACACGAGUUUUGAUGUAUAUACAUGUAUUUUUCAUAAUGAUGAUGGACAAGUGUUUGUAUUGAUGCGUGUGUGAGUACAAUAUUAAAUGCCACUAAGGGGGAUGUUUGGCAAACAAAGGAAAAUAAACAGUUAAAAUAUAA